AUGAAUUCGAGGCUAACCGAAGCGAAUAGCUCCGAGGCAUCUUCGUCGCGCACGCUCACGGUCGAACACCCCAACGCUUCGGAUACGCAGCCGCACGAUGUGGGGAUCCUGCGCCUUCGACCCGAACCGCGCUCGCGUCCCGGCGUCGACCAAACCAGCAGCACUGCGGGUGCAAGCACUCGUCGGGUAGUCUGGACCGAAGAAACCGUGGACAACGAAGGCCUCGGACGGAAAAAGUCCAAGAUCUGCUGCAUCUACCACAAGCCAAAGGCAUUUGACGAGUCGUCCGACGAGUCCUCGUCUGCCUCCGACUCUUCCGAAAGCAACUCGGAUUCGGACGCAGCUUCUUCGGAUUCCGACUCGGGUCCAGCCCUGUCAAAGGCAGCCAAGGAGAAACUCAAACAGCGCACCAAACAUCGCCACCACCACCAACACGCCGAGGGCUGCAAUCACGCAAAGUCGCGCUCGUCCACAACAACCAUUACACAGCAGCAGCCAGAUCAGGAUCAGAACGCGCGUUCAGCCCACGAACAUGAGCCAGCCGACAACUUCCGCCCCAAUGCCUACGAACGAGGCACAAGGUAG